GCCGCAAACGGGACGAUGAGAACCCGUUUUUUUAUGUUGCGCGCGCAUGUCACCCGCUUCCCGCCAAAAUACGAGCGCGAGGCCCCGGCGCCAUCAUCACCCGGCAGGCGAGUGUCGUCUCUCCUUCACCCUCUCUCCUCACUUCAGCAAUCUCCUGUCUGCCCCCCUCUCUCUAUCUCUCUGUGUCGUCUCUGCUGUGAAAGGCGUCAAGCGCGAGGCGAGCGCUGCUCCUCAAAAGUGCCGCGCCCCGCCAAGUCCCAGCCGCCUUCACUCUCACGACCGCAACCGCGAUGCGGGAGACGACGGGGGCCGCCGCGGGGCCCCUGCGCUCGGUCGUGAAGGAGAACGACGGUCUUUUUCCUCGUGUUUUCUUUGCAGAUGCCAGUGAAACAAAAGAACCGGGUGCUAAGAAACUUGUGCAAGCACGGCUGCCUUUUAAACGCCUGGACCCCCUCUCAAGGCAAAAUGGCCCUGGUACCCCAAAUGCAAAGCGUGCCAAGCUUUCUCCAUCAAAUCUGUCCAAGGAAGCACUGCCCAAAGCCAAGCUGGUGAGCCUUUACGAGGGGGACAAUGCAGUGAGCUCCAGUUCAGAGCACGUCAAUCACAAGGACAGCGCACGGUGUGACAGGACAGGUGGCAAUCUGCCAUUGCUACGGGGUCCCCUGGACAAGCUCAUCACCUCAGCCCAGGAGAGACAUAUCUCCACAACAAACGUCAUUGACUUGACCGAGGAGUCGAAUGAUGGGCUUCGAGAACAGGCGGCUGCUGCAGUGGCAGCAUCUAACGCGGUGGACCAAGACAAAGGUUGCGGUGUUAUAAAACCUGAAGCGCUAAUAAUAUCAAACGCAGAGAUCACAUCUGAGCCUAAAAUGGAAUCAUCUACCUCAAUGGAUUUGAAACCGGAAGUGACUGUUGUAGAUGUAAAUCCCAUGCCCUUAGAUGAUUCUGCACUGAGUACAAAGUCCAACUCAUCUGAAGUGAAGCCAGAGAUUGAAGGCCAUGAGCAGAACUGUACAGUGGCAGAGGACCUGGACAUAAGUUCCGAGCCCAUGGAUGUCGCUGAAAAUAAUUCUGAGAAUGCACAAGACUCGAAGACACUUGAAUCGUCUAAAAUAUCUGAUGCCAGUAAGUGUGUGGAGAUAUGCACCACAAUAAAAGAAGACAAAGAACAUGAAGAAGAAACUUCAAAAGGUGAAGAUGAGGACACAUCUCAGGAAGAAGCUGAGGAGCCACAGAGUGAGAAUGUCACUCAGCCAGAGUCCCUGGAGCUUGUAAAGCCAUCGGAGUGUGUCGCUACUCCACAGCGGAAAAGGCCGCUGUCCCCGGCUACCUCCAGGAACGACUGUCCUGACACUCCAGUAUCGGGAUUCAGCACCACCUUAAGCAGUUUGGACAUCUCCACCAACCUCUCCUCUGAGGAGAGUUUGUCUCGGGACAACAGCCCCGCUGCUUGUAACAGCCUGCUGAGUGCAACAUCAAGCUCACUGAAACUUGGGAGUGUCAAGAAGAGACCAGGUGUCCGUAAACAGAAAAUGGCAGAGCUGGAGCAGAAACAACGACAUCGGCAGGAAGAGAAGGUGGAGAAGGAGCGGCAGCGCGAGGAGGCUCGCCUGGCACGAGAGGAGUCUCGCCGCAAGAUCAAGGAGGAACGCGAGCAGAAGGAGCAGGAGAAAGCAGAGAAAUCUAAGCUCAAGGAGGAAAAGAAGCGUGAAAAGCAGGAGGCCAUAGAGUUAAAGCAGGAAGAAAAACGCAAGAAAGAGGAGGAGAAGAGUAAAAUGGAAGAAGAAAAGCGUAUGAAGAAAGAAAAAUCCAAAGAAGCUUUUGCCAGUUUUUUCACCAAGGGUAAAACUCCUCAGGCCCCCAAGACGCUUACGGGGACCUGCGGACCAUUUGCGCCAUUUGAAAUAAAGAACAACAUGCGAGUGGCUCCUGUGCGGCGUGUGGAGGUGCUUAUUAGCGCUGUCGAUGAGGCUAUCGAGAGCCAGGCGGCCCAGAACCUGUACCUACACGAGCUGAAGCGGCGCAAGCCAAAGACGAGCAAAAAAACAUAUCCGUACGCCAACUCCAUCUGCACAGCUCAACUGGAGAGCAGUGAACUAGAGGUCAUUGAGAAGGUGACGGCAAACAGAGUCUCCGUGGAGGAGCGGAAGAGGUUUGGCCGCAUGAAGCUACUGCAGUUUAAUGAGAACAAUCGGCCUGCUUACUGGGGCACCUGGAGCAAGUGCAGCAAGCACAUCAACCCACGCAACCCCCUCGCCAAGGACAAAGAGUUGCUGGACUACGAGGUGGACAGUGAUGACGAGUGGGAGGAAGAGGAGCCUGGGGAGUCCAUUUCGCACAGUGAAGGGGAGCAAGACGACGAGGAGGAUGAUGAUGAUGACGAUGACGACGGGUUCUUCGUCCCUCACGGUCACCUUUCUGAUGGAGAGGGCGUCUCCGAUGGGGAGGGCAAGCUAAGCGCCGAGACAAAAAAGCUGCGCGAGCGUCUCAAGGCGAAGGAGUGGGACGACCUGACGCGGACGCAUCGCUGCCAGCGUCUGGAGCCUGUGGUGAUUGGCUGCGUGUGGGAGGGUGAAGGCGCGGACAGCGCAGCCCUGCAAAAGCUGCUGCCCUACAAGGGCCAGCGCUUCAAUCUCGGAGCCGAGGAGGAGGAGGAGAAGGAGAAUGCCCAGGAGACCAAGCAGCUCCGGGACAUCCAGAUCUUACGAGAUCUCCUGCCCUUAGUGCAUGGCAACAUCAACUGCAGCAAAUUCAUGAUCGACGAGUUCCAGGCGUGGUGGCUGCAACGGGAGGCGCAGGAAGAAUCUCCGCCGAAGGAAACUCCACUGGAUACGAAGAAACGGCACAGGAACAGGUGGGACACGGCGCUGCCCUCCAAGAUGCGGUUGAAGCGUCUGAUCAAGGAGAGUGCCGUGUACAGGAAGCGCAACGAACUGAAGCGCGUGUGCUGGUACGUGCACGCCGACGUGUUGCUCAAGUACGGCCUGCAAGAUCUGCCCGUGCCGAGCCGCUGGAACUACGUGACUUCGCCGCCUGUGCGGGAGAGGGACGGCGAGGCGGGGUCCGCGGUGCCCACGCAAAGUUCGGGGACGUCCCCUGCUGCCGCCGCCGCACGGGAAGGAGGGAGGAAGAUGGCCGCGUCCACCCCCGUCAACACUCGCAAGAUCACGGCCUUCAUACACAAGCAGGAGCCCGGAAAAGCGGUGUCUGACGUAAAGCUGGAUCAGGCGGACCCUGCCGGUGAUGACUGCAUGAUUUUGGAGGAGCAGGAGGCCACCCUGCCUUGCAACGAAAGCACAGAUGUUGUACCUCAAGUUCCAGCUGAAAGCUUGCACUGAAAAGGGAUAAGGAAGUAAAAUGGAUAUCACCACGUUUUUAAUGUUUCCUACUGUAUAUCCUGUAUGUCUAGAUCAUUGUAAAAGCUUGAAUCGGAGCACGUGCGUACAGCACAGCAUUUUUCAGACUUGACUAAAUGCUUAUUUGUACCAUUCAUUCUGAAAUGCAAAGAGGUCGUGAAGAGGAACAGAUUUAUGUAGUUUAUUUGAAAUUGUAUUUCAUUUCAUGAUAAAUCUAAUAAAAAGAUUAAUGUUCUGUACAAAUCACAUUGCUGUGACAGUGUAAUAUCAGAGCAGAAACUAAAGCUGCAGUCAUUGGACUUUGUGCCAAAAUUAUUGCGCAGCUGAUGUACAGUUCCCAUGUCUACCGAACGGUUUACUUGGCCCAGUGCUUAUUUACAAAUGGGUUCUGUAACCGUAUCAGUUCCACAGAUUGCUUGGAAUUGGUGGUGGUGGGGAAAUAUUUGUCCAAAUAUAUUAAGCAUUAUAAAAAGGUAACAUUUUGUGGAAACUUCUUUUUCAUGGCACUGUUUUAAUGUGGGUCAACACGAGAUACCAUCAUUCCAAUGUAAUGCCUCUUACGUAUUUGUACAUGUUUGUGCCUGUGUGUUUAUCGGAACCUAUAAGUGACCUGUGAUCCUGUUGUGGAAAUGAAAUGGUUCUGGCUGCAGAUCUAAACUGGACGGAAGUGCCAAUAAAACGGCAAAGCAGUAAAGGCGAGCGAGAUACGUUCUGCUAAAAUGGUUGGUGAAGCCAAAAUUCGGUAAAGGAUCGGUUUCAUUAUACAGAUAUUUUUUUGGGUUAGCUAGCAUAAAUUACGCGUUCUAACCCAAAAAAACCUGUGUGGAUAAUAUUGGUCGCGAAAGCCUGUGUUUCACCAUAAUACAGGUUUUUUUGGGUUGGAUCGCAUAAGUUACACGUAAAUUACACGAUCCAAUCGAAAAAAAGUUUUUUAUUGGGUCAGAUGGCGUAAACUCUGCGAUCUAACCCAAAACAAAUCUGUAUUAUGGAUGUUGGUCCUGAAAGCCUACAUGUUAAACUGAUGGGUUUCCCACUGACUUCCAUGUUAAAAGCGGUGUUAUAUUUCAACCCCAAAAUGUUCCACGCUUGAGCAACUUUAUUGUGAGAAAUGCAAAUUCUAAUUUUAAAUAAAGUAAACCAUGAAAUGUAACACCACACAUGAAGAACCAGUGCUUGCAGGUACAUGUCCUCAGCAUCUGCAAUUAAUUAGCAUCGCCACCACCUCUCCCCCACCCAACCAUUAAAAGUGCAUAGCUCCAGUGGCUUUCUAAUAUCGAAAGGGAAGAGCGUUGCAGACAGCCACAGAAGCACAUCUGAACGCGCGCGAUGCAAACGACAAACUGCGGGCUGUGGUGCACCCCCUGCGGCCACGGAACACAUUUGAUCGAUCAGUCUCCGCUUGUUACGCGAACAGUGGUCUUAAUUUAAAAUGUAUUGUUAUAGAGAAUUCUCGUAGAAAACGCUCAUUAAGCGAGACACACCUGUACUGGACUUUCGCUUUGCACUUCAGUUUGAGUCACAUUUAUUUCCCACAGUGAUUUUUAAAAUGGUGUUCUGGGAAGUGAAGGGCUGUGCUGGGAUGCUACUAUCAGGCUUAGCACUAUAUAGGUCUCUGAAAUAUGACGGGACCAAUUGGAGAGCGUGGUUUGAUUAGUGAAAUUUUCCCCCGAUACAGUAGAUGGGAAUUAAUUUGUUCAUGAUUUUAUGGUGCUAUUGAUGACCGUGAAUAAUGCAAGCUCAUUCUCUGUUAAUUUGGUUGCAUGUGAAAUAUCAAACAAAAUACUAACUGCACAUCCGCCUGGUUUUAGGUGAGUAGAGCCUCAAUAUGUGCCUACUGAUCAAUACUUUCUCACGUGUACUUGUACUAUAUAUAUUUUUUGUCGACUGUUUUUAAUACUUUCCAAAUAAUGUUGCUCUGUCUGUCCAUCCUUAAUGGGGAGGGGGGCAUAACUCUUUUCAAGAAGAUGCAAUAUGAACCAAAAAAUGAGUGUCAACUUGUGUUAUUAGGGACUUACCCAGGUGAAAACUGACAUGGAUCUAAGGGUUGCCCAAAACUUGGACAGACAUUGGCUCUAAAAGGACAUGCUACGGUGUCCUGUCUCCCUGCCUUGGGUAUACCUUCCUGGGCAGAGCUACUAUCAAACUCAUUGUCUCAUCACAGCCUCCAGAUGUACUACGUGCCUGGCGUGAGCACAACUAUCACUCAAAAGGACACGCAUAGAGAAUCCAUGCAUGUGCAUAUUAUUUGUAUUUCUGCCGUCUUUCUUGUACCAUUUGUACUCUCCUGUAUUUGUAUUUUUGUUCACACGAGCAUUAUUUUCGUAGUGUUGUCCAUAUUGUUCUCUCCCUUGCCAUUGUUGGCCUCCUUAUUCUAUGCCGGCUUGUGCAUUUACAUAAAUUAACAAAAAUGAGUUGUCCAUAAAUGAAAUUUCAACUGUUGGUCAUUGUUUUAAUGCAUGAUUCGUACGGGUCAAUCAAAUUUCAUCAAUGUGUGGUUCUGGCCCUUUCAGAGACCUCACCCAGUACUUUUAGAGAGCCACGAGGAGGGAGCACCGGAUGUUGAACCAUUUUUUUCAUGAAGUACGUCUCGUUUGAAGUGGCUGGGUUUCUUUGGGUACGAAUGACAUUGUAAAAGUAUUGAGCCCACACUGCUGAGAUAGUUUAGUUUUUGAUUUAUUUGGUAUUUAAGUUGAGGGUAAAAACAUUUUUUGUUGCCAUGUGUUGAACAUUUUGUGUAGGGCAUACAAAUGUGCCAUCUUGUGUUGUCACCGAUAAGAUUCCAGAUGGAGAUAUAUUAUUCAUCUGAAAUACGCUUCAUUUUGUAUUAUGUGUCUACAACCGCAUCAAGACACUGACAAACAUUUUGAGGUUUAGAACAGUUGACCAAUCUAAUCAAUUUUUCUUAAAAAGGAUUGUCGUUUAAUAGCUUGGGCGCUCAGGAAUCAAUGGGUUCUUGUCUAAAAUCACUAAACCAGAUCCUGAGCUCAGAAUCAUUUAUACUGGAGCAAUCCGAUGAACUAUGAAGCUCUUUCACAGAUAUCCAGCAUGAGCUACAACCAUACCCCCCAACCAAGAUGAAAACUGGAUUUUAGUGUCAACCCAGUUGCCCAUAAUUCAAUUAAAAAAUACAUUGUGAUCGAUUAUAUACUUCAUUCUAACAAACCUGAAGAGUGCAUUUGUAUUUAGCUCCUAUGCACAGCUGAGGUGUUUUCGAUCGUGGCUGUGCAAGAUACAGCCUUAAACGAUGUUGGGCGAAAGCAUACUUGAUCCAGGGAGUUGUAAAACAUUGAGCGGGUAGAUGCUGUAACCAGAAAACUACAUCGAGAUACACAUGUACAGUAAAUUGUAAAAAAAAUACAAUAAAAUGAACAGCGAGUCUGGUUCACAUUUAUUCAAGUGGCUUUCUGCUGCAGGAUGGUGUGUGUUAGCUGCAGUUGUUCCUCCAUCUUCUCCAACACGAGUUGUAGCAAUCUGUCUGCAAAUGGACCCUGAAAGCAAUAUCAAAUUAACGGCAGUUAGCCUUGUAAAAUGAGAAGGGAUUUCUACAGUAACCAAGCCCUCUGGCAUGGUGGGUUUGAAUUUUGAGAAUUAUAUCAUGAGAAUACCGACUUGCAGAAGAACAAGUGAAUGUUAACCAUGAGCAUCAGUUUACCAUAUUCUCCAGAUAAGACACCACAACCUGGUCAUUUAGGAACAAAAACGCUGUAAAAUAAAACAUUCUAGUAAUCAGAUGUAAACUAAAAAGCUGCAAACUAGAAUGGACGUUGGAUAAAAUAGUACAUGUUAAUCUGCAGCAUCAACUUUUUAUUUACAAUACAGUAAAGUCAUUCUUUGGGUAUUUUGGUAAAGUCACGUAGAUGGGUUCAAAGAAAAUAACAAAACUACGACGUUUUUGAUCGCAACACAAGCAGUGGUCAUCUACGUAACUUUACUGAGACCCAAAUAAUAUGAAUUCCUGCAGUCACGAAAACUUUAAGUCAAGAUUUAAUACAGAAAAGUGCCAAUCCAGUAGCAAGACGCACCUUGCUAAUAAGACUGUCUUUAAAAAUAAUUCCAAAGUUGGGAUGCUACUGGCAAUUAAUCUUGAGGGCCAUGAAGUCCAGUGGAAUUCAUGUUUGCUUCGGUAAAUUUAACAAAUGCUUUUUUUGGUUAUUUAUAUUACAACAAUUUGCUGACAAAAAAUAGGCUCGAUCAUGUUUCUGCCAAAUUAACAACUUGCCCUUUAAACAGUACAGCAAUGAAGAAAAUAGAAAUCCGAACAAAACUGUUCAGUUUAUUUUGAAUUACCCUGUGAUCUAAGCAGCUCACAAAUCAAAAACAUUGCACAAACUUAAAUCUAUAUAUAUACCACAAGUCAGCUCGGGCAGAUAAUGUUUUAUACAUCAGAAAAAAAGACUGACACAUGGAAUGAUCCUGUUAAUCUCAGUCCUGCAUGUAUACAAACACCCUGAAUGGAUAAGCAUUGGGGGGGGGGGGGGGGGUUGGUGGUUUAAGGUUACCUGAGUAUCCAAGAGUGCCUCCACUUCACUACACCACUGCUUAUCCCUCUGCAGCGUCGCAUUGGCCUGAUGAAACGGUUGCAGUUUGUCAGACAAAUGAGAGUUCACAAAAGCCAUCAUUGUUGAUGCACUGUAAUAACCUUCACGUUCAUGGUCGUAAAAUCGCAGAGCCUAUAUGAAUUAAUGACUGAAUAAAGGUCUCCGUGGGCCAUUUCAUGGGAUGUUAUUUGACGAUGCUUCACCAUGCUGAUCAGUGUCGGGGGGGGGGGGGGGCAGUGUCAGCUUGGACUGGUUCAGAAAUCACCGCUGAUGUUGGGUAUGGCUGGGAAUUGAACUCAGGUGGGGUUUAUAGUACAGUGUGCAAACCAUUCUGCUGAACUCACCUGCAUAAUAAUCAGCCUAACAUUUGUGGCAGCAUAUAUUAUUGAGCAGAUAAAUAGAUAGUGGAGCCUUUACUCUUUGGUUCUUCCGGUAAAGUCACGAAGUUAGACAUGAAAUAAAACAAAUCGCGACGUUUCGAUCGCAACACAAGCGGC